AGAAGACCUAAGAGACAGUGAGUUGGAGAAUGCCGGUCGGUGGCCUAUGCUAAAGAAGAAGAAGAGGAAUACCAAAGAACACAUUACUGUGAGAAAUGGAUACAGACAUGUGAAAAAUGAACAACAAUUGAAUAGAACGAGAAGUGAAGACCUAGGAAAUAAUGGAUUGUAGAAUGUUAGUUAACGUACCUUUACUCCAUAGGGAGUAACAAGCCUAAGUAAUGAAGUAAGUCAUAUGUACUUUACAAAUAUUUUCAUUUAUUCAUAAAUGAAUAAUUCGACAUAUGAAUAAACUAAAAAAAAAAAGAACAUGUGAGUGACGUUUACAAAAACAAAACAAAAAAAAUCAAAAUUCCUAAAAUUUAGUUACUAUGUAAUUGUGAUAUAAGUCAACUAUUUAAUUGACAGUUAUACAUAAUACUAUACACCAAAAGGAAUGAUCAUAGUAAACUAUAAACAUACAUACAAUACAAUAUACAUAACUAUACUAAUAGUAAUAAUAAUUUCGCUAAGUGAUUAUGAAUAUUUGUUACUAAUCCAUUCCAUUCCAUUCCAUAUGUGUUUGUUACUAUGAGACAAAUGACUAAACAUGUUUCUUUCAUUUGUUAUUUUUUUUCUUUUUUACUAUAAUUAGGCAAAGAAUAAAUUCAAAGAAUUUACAUAGUGUGUAUUAUCUUUUCAUAUCUAUAUGUAUAUAUUAUUGAACAGACAUUAUUAUCAAUGAUAUAACUUGUAUUUACUCUAUAUAAUUUAUAAUAUAUAAACUGUUAAUCAUUUUACUAAUAUCUCAUAGUAACUAAAAUUUCAAUCAUUUUGAUAUAGAACUAAAAAGAAAUAAAAAAAAACAAGAGAAAAAAAAAACAGGAAAAAGAAAUUUAGAAAGAAAAAAAAAAGAAGAAGUGGGAUCAUGAUUUUAUCAAUCGUAGAAAAAUAUUGGAAAAAUAUAAUUAUUUUAUCAAAUCUUUUAUUUAUUCAUAUUGGUGGUUUAUUGAUUAGUGCAAUUAUUGAAUUUAGUACAGCAACUAUGUCAGCUGUUUCUAAAGAUCAGUUUUUCAUAAAAGUAAAUUCAUCAUUACAUGAAUCUAUACUACAUUAUCAUAUGAAUUUUGAAAUACAAAAUGAAUUUAAUAAUUUACAAAUGAAUCUUGGUUGUUGUGGGGCUUCAAGUUUUCGUGAUUAUUUGAAAUUACAUUCUGAAACACCAUCAUCUUGUAAACCGACAUCAUAUGGAUUUGGUUGUGUUUUAGCUAUUACUCGUUAUAUACAACAAUAUAUUAUGAUAUUAAUGUAUUUAUGCUUUAUAUUUGCAAUAUUAAAAGGGAUAUAUAUCAUUCUAUCAAUAUUAUUAUUUCGUAAAACAGUUGGUAAAGAGAAUUCAUCUGUAUAAACUUAAUAUUAUACAAUAAUUAAAUUGUAAUAUUAUAAACUAUAAAAUUAUCAUAGAAAUAUCAUAAUUGAAAUUGAUCAUUUAUACAUGAACAAUUGAUUGUUUCCAUUUUGAAACUAUUGAUUAUCAUUCAAUGUUAUGAUUUGUCAACUUUUUUUUC